GCUCUUCCAAGGUCUCAUCGGAAAACAACGAAUGCGUAAGUGACCAAUGCACUAUAUAAGAUCUGACUCGCUGUUGUGGGUACAUUGUGUUCGCUUCCUUUGCUGAGUACACAGGAGAAACAGUCUCAAAAUGAAGCUGCUGUUGAUGGUUCUGGCCGUAGUGGUGGCUCUGUCAUGCGCCAUGCCUGAGCCUGAUCCCGCAGCUGACCCCAAGCCCGAAGCUGAACCUGGCCCCGUGGCUGACCCCGACCCCCUCGCUGUCUCUGGCCCCUUGACUGUCCCUGACCCUGUGGCUUACCCUAGUUACCGUCCCUACGGUGGAUUCGGAUAUGGUGGAUAUAGCUACAACAGUCCUGUAUACAGCUACGGAGUUCCUGGAUACGGAUACGGAGUUCCUGCAUACGGAUACGGUGGAUAUCGCGGUGGCUAUUACGGAUAAACAAAACCAUGAUGCCGGACCGUUACUUACCUACUUACUGCUCUUUCCGUAGAAUCUCUUCCAGUAGUUGUUCUCAAAUAAACUAUAUGAAUGAA